CUCCAGGACAAGAACUGUCAAGUAAAACAGCUGAGGUGGAAGCUAGGAGCUUACCUAUGGAGCUGAGUGAGAAGGGAGGCGUGCAGAACAAUGGAUUUGUUCAAAAUGAGGAUUUUGAGGACAAGGAAACGGCCACCGGUAGCCAAGAAGAAACGCCAAAGACGUGCAGUGUUGAUGUGGACCUGGGGGCUGUGGAGGAGACAGUGCUGAAGCCUUAUGCUGGGAUGCCAAAGGAGGUCUUGCUGCAGUUCUCCAGCCAGGCCCGCUACAGAGUCACCAGGGAGAUCCUCUUCUGGCUGGUGAUUGCUGGUGCCAUUGUGCUGGUGUGUGCUACAAUUGCCAUCAUUGCUCUCUCUCCAAAGUGCCUGGACUGGUGGCAGGCCAGUCCUAUUUAUCAGAUCUAUCCUCGCUCCUUCAGGGACAGCAACAUGGAUGGGAAUGGGGAUCUGAAAGGUAUUCAAGAAAAACUGGACCAUAUUACAUAUUUGAAUAUUAAAACCAUCUGGAUCACCUCUUUCUUUAAGUCCCCUUUAAAAGACCUUGGAUAUGGAGCUGAAGACUUCUAUGACAUUGAUCCCAUUUUUGGAUCAAUGACAGAUUUUGAGAAUCUGAUUGCAGCUAUACAUGACAAAGGGCUAAAGGUGAUAAUGGAUUUAAUACCAAACCACACAAGUGACAAACACCGGUGGUUUCAGCUGAGCCGCAAUCGGACAGGGAAGUACACGGACUACUACAUCUGGCAGGACUGCAGGCAGGCUGCUGGCUCAGUCAUCCCUCCCAACAACUGGGUGAGCGUCUUUGGGAAUUCCAGCUGGCAUUUUGACGAUGUGAGAAAACAAUGCUAUUUCCAUCAGUUUGGGAAGGAACAGCCAGACUUAAAUUUUCGCAACGCUGCUGUCCAACAAGAAAUCCAUGAUAUUAUCAAAUUUUGGCUCGGCAAAGGAGUUGAUGGACUUAGUUUUGGCACUGUUAAAUUUCUCUUAGAAGCAACACAUCUCCGGGAUGAGCCUCCAGUGAACAAGUCUCAGAAUGAAGAGAGUAUCACAGCCUAUUCCCAGCUCUACCAUGACUACACCACCACCCAAGUUGGCUUGCAUGACAUCGUCCGCAGCUUCCGUCACACCAUGGAUGAGUUCAGCAGAGAGCCUGGCAGAUACAGAUUUAUGGGUUCUGAUGAUGAUGAAAAGGAAGAUAUUGAAGCAACAAUGAUGUAUUAUGGAACGACUUUUAUCCAAGAAGCAGAUUUUCCCUUCAAUUUCAACCUAAUUAACAUGAAAAAUCUAUCAGGCAACAGUGUUUCUGAAGCUGUCAACUCGUGGAUGAAAAACAUGCCUGCAGGAAAAUGGCCAAACUGGGCAGUUGGAAGUCCUAAUGCUGAUCGGAUUUCAACUCGGAUUGGGAAGGAGUACAUCAAUGUCAUGAACAUGCUGCUUUUAACCCUCCCUGGCACUCCUGUAACUUACUAUGGUGAAGAAAUAGGCAUGGAGAACAUUGCAUCAGAAAAUGUAAGUGAAGAGCAUGUAAACUCUGGUCCUGCUGCAACCCUCCCAGAGAAAUCCCCCAUGCAGUGGGAUGGAAAAGUUAAUGCUGGUUUUACUGAAGGCAACAGCAGCUGGUUACCGGUUAACUCCGACUACCAAAGUGUAAAUGUGGAAAUGCAGAGCUCCUGGUCCAACUCAAGCCUGGCUCUGUACAGAGCGCUGACUCAGCUGCGGAACGAGGAGCUCCCCAUGAACCGAGGGUGGAUGUGCCACGUCUGGAAUGACAGUAACGUGUUCGUGUACGUCAGGGAGCUGGAUGGGCUGGACAGAGUCUUCAUGAUGGUGCUCAACUUCGGCCAGGAGGCAACAACAGACCUGCAGGCCAGAGUUCCUAACCUUCCCUCUGAAGCUGUAGUAAGACUCAGUACUCAUUUUAGCAAUGCUGGUAAAGUGGUCAAUACCAAACUUAUUAAAACUGAAAUGGGAGAAGGCCUGGUCCUAGAAUAUACAACAGCAAAGCCUGUUCAUACUAUGGAAGCUUUUCAAGGGAAAUGUUUUGUGGCAGAAAAAGCUUGUUAUUCCAAGGCCCUCAAUUUACUCUAUGUGAACUGUUAAGUAGAGGAGUAGAAUACCUGUGCUUUCAUGUUAAUUUAGAAGAUAUUUAGCUUCAGGGAAAUGCUAAAAAUACUCCAUUUUCUUCAGCUUUUAACACGUUAUUUGUGUACAGAAUAAAUGUCCUGAAAAAU